AAUCCUAAAUGAUGAUAAUAUCUUUGAUAUAUUAACAAAUGAUAUGAUUUAUUUUGAACAGGAGUAUGGUAAUGAUUGUACAUUUAUAAUGUGUGGGGAUUUAAAUGCACGGGUGGGAAUUAAGCCAGAUUAUGCAGUAUAUGAAAAUAAACAUAUUUUAGACAUGUUGCCAGAUGAUUAUGUUAUGGAUGAUGCAAUCGAAAGAAACAGUCAAGAUAAAACAGUAAAUGAUUAUGGCAAAAUAUUACUAGAUUUUUGUAUAUCGACAGGUUUAAGGAUAGUAAACGGCCGCUGUGGUACAGAUAAAGGCAUUGGUAAAUUCACAUGUGUAAACACACAAGGGUGUAGCGUUGUCGAUUAUGUUUUGUGUAAAAGCGAUGUUCUUAAACUGUUUAAAACAUUUGAAAUUUACGAUCCUAAUAUUGUGUCCGAUCACUGUGUCAUCUCGUUUAGUUUAAAUAUGCACACAUUGGAUAAUUUUGUUGAUGUCAAAAAUAAAGGCGAUCAUGUUAAAUUGUUAUACAAAUAUAAAUGGGAUGAUAGUAAAAAAGAUUUGUACAUGAAUGUAUUAAGCUCGGAAGAAAAUACUAUACAUUUUGAAUCUCUUUGUGGAAACAUUCUUUUGUCAAACUCACAUGAGGAUUUGGAUUUAAAUGUUAAAACUUUUACAGAUAUAUUGGAUGGGGUAUGUAAGCCUAUAUUUAAACAUAAUUUACAUAGUAAUUUUUUUAACCAAAAUCACAAUAAGGAUGGUGUAUACUUUGACCAUGAGUGUAAAAAUUUAAAGAAUUAUUAUUAUACUUCUCUUAAUUAUUACAGAAAUAAUCAUUGCGAUGAUACAAGGAGGGACAUGGUGGCAGCUAGAUCAAAUUAUAAAAAAUGUGUUAGAAAUAAAAAAUAUGAUUAUGAUAAACUGCAAACGCAUAAAUUGGAAUUAGCCAGAAAAAAUAAUGCAAAGUUAUUUUGGAAAAUGUUAAAAGGAUCGGUUGUGGGCAAUGCAAGUUCUUUGUCAUCAGAUGAUUUUUAAAAUUAUUUUAAAUCGGUAAAUGAUCCCGAUUCUGUGUUUUUUCAGCCAGAUGAAGACAUUUUAUAUUUUAACGAGAGAUAUCUAGGGGGAGAAUUAAACAUAAUGUUUGAAGAAUUGAAUAAUAUUAUUACCACGCAUGAAAUAAAAAAAAUGUUGUAAAAAACUAAAAAAUGGCAAAUCGGGUGGUCCAGAUAACUUCCUUAACGAUUUUUUUAAGUAUGGAUGUGAAAUAGACAUGUUCGCGACAGUUCUUUGCACAUUAUUUAAUAAAUGUUUUGAUUCGGGUUACUUCCCAGAAACAUGGUCAGAGGGUUAUGUGGUCCCAUUGCAUAAGAAAGGUGAUGUUAAUAAUACGAAUAACUACAGGGGUAUUACUUUAUUGAGUGCACUAGGCAAAUUAUUUACAAAAGUUUUAAAUGACCGGCUAACAAUCUGGGCGGAAAAGUAUAAUGUUUACAUUGAGGCUCAGGCAGGAUUUAGACAAAACAUGGGCACAAUAGAUAAUAUUUUUGUAUUGCAUAACGUAAUACAGCAUGUAUUAUAUAAGAAAAAGAAACUAUUUGUAACAUUUAUAGAUUUUACAAAAGCAUUUGAUUACGUAGUAAGAGAUAUUCUGUGGUAUAAACUGAUAAAGCUUGGUAUUAGAGGGAAAAUAUUAAACAUUAUUCGUUCAAUGUAUAGUAUUGUUAAGUCAAUGGUAAAAUAUGACAAUGAGGUUAGCGAUAGUUUUACAUGCCUGUUAGGGGUACGUCAGGGUGAAUCAUUGUCUCCAUUUUUAUUUGCAAUGUAUUUGAAUGACAUUGAGGAAUAUUUGCUGACAAAUAAUUAUGAUGGAAUAAAUCUAGACACCUUAAAAUUAUUAAUAAUGUUAUAUGCUGACGAUAUUGUUUUGUUUUCAGAAAGUGAAACUGGCUUACAGAUAGGAUUAGAUUUGUUAAAACAAUACUGUGAUCGAUGGAAGUUAACGGUUAAUACACAAAAAACUAAAGUCAUGGUUUUUAAAAAAGGAGGAAGACUUAGACAAAAUAUGAGAUUUUUAUGUCCCCCACUAUAGUAGUGGGGGACAUAUUGUAUUUGCCCUGUCUGUUGGUCUGUUGGUUGGUCUGUUGGUUGGUUGGUUUGCGCCAACUUUAACAUUUGCAAUAACUUUUGCAAUAUUGAAGAUAGGAACUUGAUAUUUGGCAUGCAUAUGUAUCUCAUAGAGCUGCACAUUUUGAGUGGUAAAAGGUCAAGGUCAAGGUCAUCCUUCAAGGUCAAAGGUCAAAUAUAUGGGUCAAAAUCGCUCAUUUAAUGUACACUUUUGCAGUAUUUCAAUUUUCAAGAUAGCAACUUGAUAUUUGGCAUGCAUGUGUAUCUCAUGGAGCUGCACAAUUUGAGUGGUGAAAGGUCAAGGUCAAGGUCAUCCUUCAAGGUCAGAGGUCAAAUGUAUGUGGCUCAAAUCGCUAAUUUUAUGAAUACUUUUGCAAUAUUGAAGAUAGCAACUUGAUAUUUGGCAUGCAUGUGUAUCUUAUGGAGCUGCACAUUUUGAGUGGUGAAAGGUCAAGGUCAAGGUCAUCCUUCAAGGUCAAAUAUUUGGGUCAAAAUUGCUCAUGUAAUGUCACAUCUGCAAUAUUGAAGCUAGCAAUUUUAUAUUUGAAAUGCAUGUGUAUCUCAUGGAGCUGCACAUUUUGAGUGGUGAAGGGUCAAGUUCAAGGUCAUCCUACAAGGUCAAACACCAUAUAGGGGGACAUUGUGUUUCACAAACACAUCUUGUUAUAUAAUAACAAUGUAUAAGAAAUUGUUGAUAACUUUACAUAUUUGGGUUUUGUCUUUUCCUCAGGGGGCUCUUUUUCUAAAACGUUUGAUAGUCUGUGUGGACAAUCUUUGAAAGCUAUUUUUAAGUUAAGACAAUAUAUGUCGAAAUUUUAUAACAUUACAAUACAACACAGAUUAGAAAUAUUUGAUAAAUUAAUUUAUCCGGUUUUAAGUUAUGGGUCCGAAAUAUGGGGUUUACAGAGCAAUAUAAAGAUAGAACGAAUACAUUUAAAUUAUUGCAAAUUAUUAUUAAGAGUACGAAGGCAAACACAGAAUAACUUUAUAUAUGGAGAAUUGGGAAGAACGUCUUUAUCCGUCAGACAUAGCAUUAAUGUAAUUAGAUAUUGGUUAAAGAUA